UUUAUAGCAGUAAAUACAAAAAAAAUAAGUAAAACAGCAUGGCAAUGGCAAAAUUUCUUAACAAACUUAUUCGUAAGAAACCUUAUAGAGAAGCAGCAGAGUCCGAUACCUCUCAUGGAACUACGCUAAAGAGAUGCCUCACGACCAUUGACUUAAUUGCGCUGGGGGUCGGGAGUACACUAGGGGCUGGAGUCUACGUUUUAACUGGAUCUGUCGCGAGAGAUAAAACUGGACCUGCGGUAGUUGUAUCAUUUUUCGUUGCAGCUGUAGCAAGUGUUAUGGCAGGUUUAUGUUACGCUGAAUUUGGAGCCCGCGUACCUAAAGCCGGCUCAGCAUACGUGUACAGUUACGUCACAGUUGGAGAGUUCUGGGCAUUUAUCAUCGGAUGGAAUCUUAUUCUGGAGUAUGUAAUUGGUACUUCGAGUGUCGCCCGGGCCUGGAGUGAGAAUUUCGAUGCUUUAAUCGGAGGAAGAUUUGAGCAGUUCAGUAUGACUUAUCUGAGGAUUGAUAUACCUGGCGUAGCAAAGUAUCCAGAUUUCUUUGCUUUUGUCGUCAUCAUAAUACUAACUGUUAUCCUCUGUUGUGGAGUAAAAGAAUCUGCAACAUUCAGUAAAAUAUUCACCGGUGUCAAUAUAGUGGUAAUUCUGUUUGUUAUUGUCGCUGGCGGAAUUAAAUCUAAUAUCAACUACUGGUAUUUGACUGAAGACAAUAUCACCGACUAUUUUGUGCAAGAAUGUGGAACUGCGAACAAUACUUCAAAUAAUAUAAGUGUAUUGCUAAACAACUCACUUGCAAUCGAACCUGGCACCAAUUUUGCUGUUAAAAUUGAAAAAGUGGAUGAAACAAUAGGAUCCAAGAAUGAUCUAAAUUGCACAUUGAAUGAAGAAGGAAAAUACAACGUAGUUGAUAGAUUUGGAACAGGCGGUUAUUUUCCAUAUGGAUUCUCUGGUGUAAUGUCUGGUGCUGCAACAUGCUUUUUCGGAUUCGUCGGAUUUGACGUCAUCGCCACGACAGGAGAGGAGGUUCAAAAUCCGCAACGUGCCAUUCCUAUGUCUAUCGUCAUCUCACUGUUAAUUGUGUUUUUCGCUUACUUCGGUGUCUCCUCCGUGUUGACAUUAGUUGUGCCUUACUAUAUGUUGGAUGUGGGAGCUCCUCUACCACAAGCUUUUGCUCAUCUUGGAUGGAACUGGGCCGUAUAUCCUCUCGCUAUUGGUGCUACUUGCGCACUUUCUGCAAGUUUACUUGGUGGUUUAUUCCCGUUACCUCGUGUUGUUUAUGCUAUGGCGCAAGAUGGUUUAAUUUUCAAAUUUCUGGCUCGCAUUAACAGAAGAUUUAAAACACCUGUGAUAGCUACUGCUAUAUCUGGAUUACUUGCAGCUAUUAUGGUUCUGAUAUUUGAUUUGGAGGAUUUAGUUGACAUGAUGUCUAUUGGAACCUUACUUGCCUAUACAUUGGUUGCUGUUUGUGUUUUAAUUUUAAGGUACCAGCCAUCUAUGAGUGUAGAAAUGGUUGAAAGACGCGAAAAAGGAUUUCCAAUGGCCGAGGCCAGUAAUACUUCACUUCUUUCAAAUAUUAAGCAACCUUCAAAUGAACCGACAGACACAUCAGGAAAAUUGGUUUAUAUUGCAACCAUGAUCAUAGGUUUUUUCGCAUUCAUUUUAUGUGCUAUGCUUGUGAACAUCAAUUCAUUACCGUACCUUGCUACCGUUGUCGUCUGUCCAAUACUCGGAUGUUUUAUUAUCAUAUUAGUAAUCAUCAUUCUGCGUCAGCCUCAAUCUCAAGAGAAAUUAUCAUUCACUGUGCCAUUUGUUCCACUGUUGCCAGUUUUAUCAUCGAUUUGCAACAUUUAUCUUAUGUGUGAGUUGAGCGUUGAGACGUGGAUUCGAUUUGCAGUUUGGAUGGCUAUUGGUUUUGCGAUCUAUUUCGGAUACGGAAUUCGUAAAAGUUCACAGAGAAUAAGAAGGGAAUCGUACGCUGUUGGAACUAACGAGAAAAACGUUAUGUUACAAUAAUCCCCAACAUUAGCAUUUAAAUUCAACUUAUUUAAGAUUUUAUUUUAAAAAUUUUGUCUGUUUUGCACAGAAAUAUAUUAUCGAAUUACAAGUUUUAGGCAAAUGGAACAUCUAGUCCUCAAAAUAAAUAAUUUUUUUGUAAACUUAGUAAUCGAUGAUGAAUUUCUGGCGUUGUACAUAUUAUUGUAUAAGUUAUGCUUAUUCGGAAAACUUAAUUUCAGUAAUGCCAAACGCUCCGCAGGCAUAGCUAUUGCAUUCCCAUUUAUAUUAUUCUGACCAAGAAAAUAAUUUUCCGAAUAAGCUGUGGUGAUUUCUUUAUUUUUUGCGGGUGCAUUGCGUUCUGUAGGUGUUUCUUCAUUAUUCACUAUGGUUUGUGUUCCCAAGUUGUAUUUAAACCCAGCCUAACUUGACUGUGUAUAUUUCUGUUCCGUAUCGCUGUACCAACCAACACAAACUGCCAAAUCUGUAGUUCUUAUUUUGCAAUUAUUAACUUGAUUAGUCGCUAAUUAAUAAUCAUUCUGUACAACACAUGUUGUUUUGUGAUUGUAAUUAAUUUGCACCAUCUACUUGCUAACAAUCAUUUGUUCGUAUUGUCAAUAUUUGCAUGUCCGUUCUUUCGUUCAAUUUGAUGUUACUGCCUGCCUAUGCAUGUAAAAAUAAACUAAUUCCACUCGCUUCUGCUAUUUCUGACAAGUUCUCCAUUUCACUAAAAUAGACAAGAUUUAACUUAUAAUAACACCUACCUGAAAGUGACUGCUUAUCUGGGGACUUAUUCUGAGCUAAAAUGUGAAACAUGCCAUAAACCAGAUGCUACAGAACGUGGAAACUUUAGAGGAUAUUUUUU